AUGAUGAUAUUCCAUCAGAGAAAAUCUGUACAACCAACAACUGUUGUUUUGGUCGCUGCCGUCUUGGUAGUGAAUGUAGAAGGCUGGGGAUGGAGGGCUCCACGAAUUCGAAUACCACCAAUAAGUAUACCAAGAAUACGUAUACCCAGUAUACCAGCCAUACCAAGAAUACCCUGGGGUAAGAGAAAUGUGAGACAAGCCGAGGGUGAUGCUGCUUUCAAUGCUGCAGCUGAAGACGGUGUUUUGUCCGACGAUGAAAUAAAAUCUCUUCUUGGUGUCGCUCAUGAGAAUUUGACUGAAGUUUAUGAAGUUUAUGAUGUUAACGACAAUGGAGUAAUAACAGUUGCAGAAUUUGAAGCUGUGUCAUCUAUCCUUGCCAACAACGAAGGGCAAUAA